GAUACCAAAACUGGCAAAAGUUUUGUCAACAAAUGAUGUGUUAGGGAAAUUCCUAAUUGAUAUGAAAAGGAUUGAGUAGAUUGCACCAUGGAUUACACCACAACUGGGAUUACAAAGGAGGAAAUUUUAUGGUUGAAUGCAUGCAUUGCUUUGGAUAUCACAAAGGAGGGAUUGUCUAGUUUUGUUGACAAUGAGAUUAAGCUUUUCCAAGUUGCGGUUGGGAUUGGCUGUGGGAAUUGCUUUACAGAGAAUUUGGUCGCAUGUCCAACGGAUGGUAUGUGUGAAUAUGCCAACAGCUGCACUUAUCACAAUACACCAGCUUUACAACCGCUAAAGUGUGAACGGUGUGAACUUGUGAAGCAAAACAUUGUAUCGAAUCACAGAUACCGACAUCCGUCCUGGAAGAACACGAAGGCACAACAGUGGGCUAACAACCCUUGGGAGAUCGCUAAAUGCUAUAUUCCUUCGGACGGAUAUUUACAUGUGUCUUCUGUACAGGAAACCGACUUGACCGGAAUUAUAAGUCUCUUGUUAAACUGUUUACAUUUUAACAAAUGGUUUUCCUUUGAAAUCGCAUCACCGGAACCCAGAAAUGAAUGCAUUUUAACACGGGUAUGCGAAAUAAUCGACAAGGUUCACACAGCAGGUUGUGAGAUAUCAGAGGACAGUCUUCAAGAUAUGUUUCAUACACUGUCAACAAUUCUAUGCGACCCCGUGCGUUUAAAAUAUGAUUCCAAUGCAUGUCGGGCAAACACCAAGCUUGAACAGCUUAAAACUGGGCAAAUGGCAAUACCACCGAAAUAUUAUGUUCAGUACAUGACAGCAAAACAUGUAAUCGAGCAAGAAACUUUACAGCAAGUGUCAGAGGUUGUGCAAAAGACACUUCAGAGACAACUGAAAUCUGAACGAAGGGUUGCUGAAGAUAAAAUACCAACUGUGUUUCAUCAGAUUAUACAAUUAAUUUCGAUAGGAACUCAAAAGAUACAAGGAUUAAACAAAAUUCGUUUCGAAAACAACGUUUCAUAUGAAUCCGAUGGAAUCCUGUCUGUUAACAUCAAAAGACAAAGGACGGAAAUCGAUGUAAACGAAGUGAAUUCACCAGCUCAAUCCCACAUUGUAAUAUAUCAACCAAUAUCACAUAAGGGCGAUAGAUGCACCACUGAAAUGCAAAAAACUGGAAGACCAAUGCAAACAACAAUUAACGCUGAAAAAAGUAAACAUGUUGCAAACUCAAAUUUUGUCCGUACAAGGUUUGUUAUGGAAACUCUAAGGAUAACUAAGUCCACUUUGGAAACAAUCAAAGGAAUAUUGACACUUUGUGUUGAGGACUUCAGUCAUACACCUACAGUUCUAAAUGAAAAGUUGCAAAACAUGAUAGACAGCACUUCAGUUCAGGUGUUAACAACAAAAGAACUUUGCCAAUCUCUUAUAGAUGUCGACUCAAAAGAUGAACUGCACUUAUCUUCCGAGGAGUUGUUCAACACAAUACAGAACGCCCGCGACUUUAUAUUGAUUGUUGUUGAUGAUGCAUUGCAAAACACAGUUUAUGAGCUAUUGAAAAGAAUUGAAGUAUCUAUACCUCUAGGUGUUUUGCUUGUGACUAAUGAUACCAAUAGUGAGAUACCAGCGAUGCAAAACGUUUUUUUCAGCAGAAUUGAGUCCGACAAUUUUAAAUUAAAACAUGUCGAUUUCCUUGUUAACCGUUGUGCACAUGGUAUAUUGUCAACAAUGUAUUCCAAGUUUGCUGAGGAUUUUACCAAUGCCGAUAAAGAGAGCUCCCUAAACGUACGUGACUUAAUCAAGUCAUCAUUUCAAAGAAACAGAAUUUCUAAAGCAGAAUGGCCAAAUGUUCCAGAAGAACGAUUCCACUAUCCACAGAACAUCGAUAAGGCAGUGAAAUCUAUUGUAUGCGAAAAGGGAAUUAUUGGAUGCUUUAAGAAACGUGGAUCACUUCAUAUUUACGUUGAUGCAUCCAUGUCACAAACAGACAUUGAAAGUAAAAUCCUGGAUAAAAUGAACACACAUGGUGCCGUCGGAUGUAAACUAGUAUUCGAAUAUGGAAAAAUUACACACUUCUGUUCAUCCGGUGAUAUUGCGGGUGAGGGGACAUUAGGAGGGUUCGUCCGAAGUGAAACUGAAGGUUCGGCGGAUAUGAAUGAACACUUGGUCGCGCUUAUUUCCCCACAUGUUGCGAAUAUUCCAGGGACAGAAUAUCUUAACGUUGGUCGAAACCGGAUAAGGCUUGGUCCUAUUCGUUGUAUGCAAUAUUCUCAAACAAUAGACAUAUAUCCUGUAAAAGUGGACGAUUUAAAAAUUCGUAGUUGCAAUACAAGAUUCAGGACGGAAUCUGGAGAAGAAUUGUAUGCUAAAAGCGGCAUUGAAAUAUCCCGAGGCGCAAUUGUUCAUAUUUGGGGUCGAAGCAUUAGGCCUGGAUUAGGUAUAGUUGAAGAAAAAGAUAUUGAAAGGGAAAAUGGAAAGCUGGUUGUCAUUCGUAACCGCUAUCCGGAUAGAGAAUUUGCUAUGCCAGGCGAUAGUGGGGCUAUGGUUUGUUAUUAUGACGCUAUAGAGCAAGUACUCUAUGCUGUUGCAAUGUUGAUGGGACCAUAUACUGGCGAAAACACACAUAUUCGAUACGUUGCCCAGAUACUGCACGAUGGGCUUCGCGUACUUUCAAGUCUUAAUCACUGUUCGUUAACAUUAUGCGAGGACAGUCAUUGAAAAGUCGCAUUAGCAAUCACAUUACUUAAAAUGUGAUGUUCCUAUAUGGGAUUAAGAGUCCAUCCACUAUGUUUAAUUGUUAAUAAGUAACAAAAAAUCAAUUCAAAUGAAUGUCAUUCAUAGCGUAGCAUUACGUCCAUCUUUCAUAACCUGUGUUAUGCAUUAUUCGCUAAACAUACUGGUGACUGAAUUAUGUGUAUAUGUACAGGGAUUUCGUAAGUAACAUGGCUUACAUGCCACCUGAUAUCUCCUUGUGUGUCGCUUUGCUAACAACAUGUCAGCUGUCUAUUAACUUUAAUUGAAAUACGGAUUUACUUCAAAAAAACGAAAUGGCAUCUUCGUUGUCUCAUUUUUGGACGCCCAUACAUAAAAUACUGCAAUCUACAUAAAUUAUUUUCUAAUGAAUUGGUUUAUCAUUUUAUAUGUUAUGAUGCAAUUCAUAUUAUGUCGAAUCGUUUUCAAUGUUUAUUUUGAUGCAAGUUUCGGUUUAUGAAAUGUUCAUAUCUCGUACAAUGCACAAAACGUUUGUUUUUUGAAAGAGUAAUGUGUUUGUGAAAAUACCAACAUUUGUAUUCACAUACAAUCAACAGAGCAGAUGAUUGUUUUUUCAUUGUCAAAAACCGUGAAAUUAUUUUAUGGAAUAAAUAUAUAUAUAGAUUGUACAUCAUUAGUUGUAAACAAUAAAACUCCAGAAACUA